CGUCGUUUUUUUUUUAAUUUUGUUUCAUUGUGGACAUAUUAAUGGACACCAAAGGCUGCACUAAUGUGUAAAUUUGGAGUCGUUUUGUUUUCGGGGAGGGAAAAACUUCAUUUACAUGACUGCAUUAUCUGCUUACAUCGACUAUAGUAUUAUCAGAAUAGUCAAUUACACUUCCGGUCUUGUGAUGCUCUUCAGAGGAAACUUGAUUGAAGGAUUACAAACCUGGCCAGUUGUGACUGCAGUAUGUGUGUGUGUGUGAGUUGGGUUAGGAAAGCGGCUUUGGAAGAGUGAGGGUAGCAUCGAUAUGUUUGUAACUGCACAGACCAAGCACCUUUAAAGAGCGAUGUAGAAUUAGGGCAUACUACGUAGCUAUUUCACCCGUUGGCAACAUACACAUUUUCCUCCUGUAUUUUGUUCUGUUUCGAGCAUUUACUGAUAUUACACAAGUGAUGCAUGUGAUUACUAGUUAACCAGAGACAAUCUUGAGAACGAAACCCUUCCCCUUUUGUUAUUUGCUGUUUCGCAAAGCCGAUCUCAUGACCAGGUCUCCUCUCGCAAGCGAGCCUUGUGCAUUUCAUGUUUGUUAUAGCAACAGAUCUGCGGCGGUGGAACAGGCUGAGGCAGAGCUGUGGUGCAUGGGAACGGACAGACUGGCAGUGUAUCUGUCUGAACUGAACAGUCGCAUGUUUCCUGAAUUCUGCGUUUGAAGAAGACGCCGGCGCAAACUAGAGAUGGCAUCUUUGAGCCUGGGACUCAAUUUAUCUCGGAAGAAGGGCGCAUCUAGGAAUGGAGCAGUGGAAAGGAAGAAUCUCAUUACAGUCUGCAGAUUCUCCGUAAAGACUCUCAUCGACCGAUCCUGUUUUGAUACAAUCGAUGACUCUUCAUCUGAAUUUGUCAAUUUUGUCUCUAUACUGGAACAAAUUCUCAGCCACCGUCUGAAAGGACAGAUUACCUGGUUCGGUUACGAAAGCCCUCGUGGUUUCUGGGACUACAUCCGCGUGGCCUGCGGCAGGGUGCCCCACAACUGCCUCAGCAGCAUCGAGAGCAUGGAGAAUGUCCGGUCCUCAAGAGCCAAGGGCCGGGCUUGGAUUAGGGUAGCGUUGAUGGAAAAACGCCUUUCAGAAUACCUUUCUGCAGCCCUGAGAGACUUCAGAACCACCAGGAGGUUUUAUGAAGAUGGAGCAAUUGUACUGGGUGAGGAAGCAAACCUGCUGGCCGACAUGCUGAUCGGCCUCAACGCCAUUGAUUUCAGUUUCUGCCUGAAGGGGGAAGGCAUUGAUGACAACCGGCCUGCUAUAAUAGACUACACUCCCUACCUCAAGUUCACCCAGAGCUCUGACAGUAUCAGUAGCGAUGAGGAGGAGCUGAGGACUCUGGGAAGCAGUGGCAGUGAGAGCAGCACCCCUGAGAACAUGGGGCCAGCCCUCUUCAUGGACCAGAGCAGCUGGUACAACAAGUGCAAACGGGUGGAGCAGAAGUACAGGCUGGCCUUGGAGCAAAAGGGUUACCUGGAGGAGCUGGUUCGCCUUCGAGAAGCCCAGCUGUCCGAGUCAGUCUCCCAGAACAAAAUCCUCCUUCAGAGGCUGGAGGAGACGGAUAUCAGUCACAAGCUGGAGAAGGAGCAACUGGAGUACAUUGUUCUUGAGCUGCAAGACCAGCUGACUGUUUUAAAGAAUCAUGACCUUAGAUCAAGACAGGAGUUAACUGCUCACCUCACUAAUCAGUGGCCUUCACCGGGUGCUCUGGAUACAAAAGCUGUUGCCCUGGAUACUCUGGCGUACAGGAAGCACACCAGGCAGUGGAAGGAUUCUGACAGAAAGAGCUUCCGAAGUCUGGAGCAGCUUUCAGCCGAAAUCAGCCUGUCCCAGACCUCCCUGGACCCUGCUCAUAUACAGGACCUGGAUAGCAAGCAGGAUGAGUCCCACUCGCAAAGUGAAGGUAAGGAAGACACCCCAUCCUUACUGGGGUUAUGUGGGUCUUUAACAUCUGUGGCCAGUUACAAGUCUCUCGCCAGCCUCAAGUCAAGUGAAUGCCUUGCGAGUCCCAUCACAGAGAUGACCAGCCCAGGUUUCACCCCCUUGUGAGCGUACAUCCUCUUCAGUUAGAGACCCAGAUGGUCCUCGCUGUGCCAUUGCAUUGCUGCAUCCUUCCAAGGUCUCUACAGUAAGAAAAGCUAUGGAGAGACUUCACGUAUUGUUUCUAGACCAUUUUGUAAACCAAGAUCGCUGUGUUCUUGGCCACCUUUAUUGCACCUUUGACUGGCAUUUCCCCGGCUGUAAGGGUUAUCAGCUUUUGAUUUUGUAGGACGUUUUCUUUCACGAAGCAUAGAACCUAUAUCAAGGGGAGGCAUCAGAAUAAAAGGCAAGGAUCACUCCCUGGAACCUGGCUUUCUGUACUGCUGAUGGGAUAAGACAAAACACAGCUUAAAAGUUUGAUACCUAGGAAAAAGGACAAAAAAAGCAUUCACAGUGAAAUAUUUUAUGAAAUUCCCCUUGAUAGUAUUACAUUUAUUCAUGGAGAUGGGAACAUGGAAAGUGAUAUUGAUCGUUUGCUUUUUUUUUACCAUAUUAUAAUAUUUAUAAAGGGCAUAGGAGAUUUACAAUUUUAAAGUACAGACUACAAGCAGGCAGGCAGAAGGAAAAUUCUCAUACAUUGAUCUGAUGUCAAAGGAAGAAAUAUUACAUUGUAUUCUUUUUAUCUUUCUUGGCAAGACCCUCAAAAGCUGGAACAUGAUAGUUUCUGAAUGUAACCCUUAGCAGGUUCAGCUACAGUUCUGUGCAGCCAGUGGUAGUGAUCACAUAGUCCUUUCUGUGCCUUUACGUCUUCAGCUUUCACAGCGGUGAAAAGCAGCCAAAAAAUGUUUGAGCCACAUGGUGCAUCAAUUGAAUGUAUUUGUUUACAAAUAAUAUUGGCUGCUUUUAAUUUAAAGAGGUCCCUGCCCUUGAAGAGAGAGGCCUUUCACACACAUGUAAAGAAGGGGAACAAGCCCGUUUUGUAACUUUGAUGUUUAGGAAUUUCUAAAUUUACUGCUAAAUAUUCCUAUUUCCUAUGGGAAGUAUCAGAAGAGUCACAGAUUCCUCCUAUAAUCAUCACAUCCCCAUUUCCAAAAUAUAUAUUUCAUAUAAAAAUUAUCUGUUGCAUUAGUGUCUGAGAAAUUAAGCACUUUAUUUCACCAUAUUGCAACACUCCAAAAAAAAAAAGAUUUUAUUAUUUAAAAAGCUCAAGAACAUUUUUGGGGGAAUUUCUGUAAGAUGCUGCUUGUAAGCUCUCAUGCACCCUGGGAAAUAAAUUCCUCUAUUAUUCAGACACUGAUGAAAUCCUGAAAUAGUUUUGCAUGAAAUACUGUGUUGAGCUAAAAAUGAGAUUUCAAGCAUUGAUUUAUUUUAGAUUACUGUUGCAAAAUGUUCGUGAGAUGCACUGUAUUCUUUAAAAAAGUCCCUGAAGUAUGCGUUAAAGGGGUUGAUUUAAAAGAGUCAAAUGAGAUCUCCUGAUCUUUGAUGCUUGUGCUGCUUCGCAGUUGUUGCUGUUACAAUUCUGCCUGAAAAUGGGAUUCAUCCAAAUGGAAAUUAGGAAAAUGUUGCUUCUGCUUUAGGUUAAUUCUUACUUGUUGUAUUAUUUUUAUAGUACAUGUUAAUGUUGUGGUGUUGAUCUCAAAACUGUCCAGAUCUUGUGUUAUGAAAAUCACAACAGGUGUUAGAGGAGCUACAAUGUGAUGUAAACUGGUGAUGUUUGGCUUUGUAUUAGCUACUUACAGUACGUGUUUAUUUUCUGGGUUCAGUACACCAAGGAGGAACACAGCAGGUUAGAAAUACUUUUUUUCCCCCUUCAUUCUUCCUUUUUUGCUGCAGGUGCAGAGUUCAGUUUGUUCAGCAUGUUCACAUUUCCAUUUUCUUUGAGCUUCUUUUCUUGUGGGGUUUAAAAGUAUUGUUCUAAUAUGAUCUUUGAAACAUUUAUAAAAGGGUUAUAAAAUCAUAGAAAAUGUAUGUUUUUAUUUAUUCUAUUUCAUUUUAUUUGUACAAUCUUUUUUUUUAUAUGGAGUAGUAAUUGUCUGUUGUUCCUUAUAGUAUGUUGUACAAUUAUUUUUAAAGCAAUGCAAGUUAUUGAACUGAUGAAUGUACCAUCCCUUCUUGGUAGGUUACAUAUACAGUAAGAUUAGUACAUUUUCCAUUGCUGACAUCUAGUUCCCUGUGUCCUUGGUGAAAAGACCAAAUUAAUUUUAAGCCUGCAGAAGGCUGAUAAACUCAACUACAAUCGAUUAAGAUUCUAGACAGCUGCUCUGUCAAUCUCAUUAAAAGCUGUUAACAACAGUCGUAAAUCAGGAAACUCUUUUGAAGUGUAGACAGUUGCAUUUGGUUUGAUUAGAUUUAGGUUUGUUCAGAUUUAACCACAGAAUGGAUUUCAGUCCAGUGAACCACUGUACACACUAUACAGUAUGUACACAUUUUGUUAGCAUUUUGGGCAGCUGAAAAACCAUAAGCUGGUUCAAAACAAUACCUAUCAAUAACCUGGGAUAAGAAAAGGGCUGUUGUCUGAAGUGUAAAUGAAGCCAUCUCCUUUCUUCUCUUUCCUGUUUCAUGGUACGACACAUACAUGAUGCUUUUCAUGUGCAGUUGUGAGGUGCUGGAGAUGAAGUGAAAAGCAC